AUGCGGGACCCCUUUGGCAAUGAGACGGCAGUAUCAAAAGCAUACCUUUGGGUUCUCCAAGAUCCUAACCGGCAAACCUAUUCAGAGCAAAGGCUUCUACAACGAUUUGUCAUGGCAGUAUUCUACUUUUCCACAAUUGGUGACGAAUGGUUUCAUCAGGGUGGAGGCACAGCGACCAUUGCCACAGAAGCCAAAGACGGCAGUGGGGGUAGUCCGCCACAAGGGAACAGCACCGGUGGUAGGCCGCCAAGAGGAAACAGCACCGGGGGUAGGCUAGGAGGGAACAGCAACAAUAGCGGACAAGGUGGGGGCAGCACUGGCGGUAGGCCGCCAGGAGGGAACAGCAACAAUGGAGGACAAGGUGGGGGCAGAAUGUUAUGCACGCGGCAAACAAUGCAGAAUGUACCCAGAGUGCUUCAACAAGGUACAUCAAGUCAACCUGGCAUCACUUGGAUAAACAUUACAUCAGAGAGAUGGCUGUCAUACAGCAAUUCAAGCUCGGAGUGUGACUGGUACUCAACUGGAGCCAUUAGAGGACAUGUGGCUUGCAGAGGAAACUAUAUUUUGACGUUCCUUGGAGUCGUGCAAAACAACCUUCAGGGUUCACUGCCUGGGGAGCUUGGGUUUCUAUCAUCCUUAGAACAUCUUGAAGUGGCUCGAAACUCCAUUGGUGGCAAAAUCCCAACAGAGAUCUUUGCUUUGCCAAAUCUUCGGGUGCUCACCUUGUACCAAAAUCAAUUACAGGGAACAAUUCCCUCUCAAAUUGGUUUCCUCUCAAACACAAUAGAAAAUCUUGCACUACUUGACAAUGCACUAACAGGGACAGUACCCCAAGAACUCUUCAUGUUAUCCAACCUGAGACAGCUUCGACUUAGUACCACUCGUCUUAUGGGAUCACUUCCCAGUGAUAUUGGCUCUCGCUUGCCACGGCUAAAUCAACUAGACUUGACCAGAAGUCCAUUUGGUGGGACCUUACCGUCUUCCAUAGGCCUCUUGACUGCAAUCACACAACUUGGGUUCCAUAACACUGAAGUCUCUGGUACCCUCCCCACAGAGCUCGGUGGGUGUGCAAACCUGGAAAGGUUGAAUGGAAAGGAAAGUAACUUUUCUGGAACUUUACCGUCAGAGUUGGGGAUGCUAACUGGCCUACAGGCAAUCAAUGUGGAAGGAAACCCAGGAUUGAUUGGGAAUAUCCCCUUUGAAUUUACAUUAUUGAACAGGACACUUCAAGCUUUUGAAAUUGGUGGAACCUCCAUUACUGGAACUAUUCCACAGGAGAUGUGUCGGAUCAAUCAUCUUAGCUUUGAUUGUUCUGAAUCCCUGUGUGGUUGUGACUGCCCUUGCCCACAGGCUUAG